GACACGCCUACUGGCCUUUAUAACGAUUGCUGCGAAUCGCUUUCGGUUUCUUGGUAUUGCUUUACUUCGAAAGUGCUGGGAUUGCCAUAUGAGACACGCAUAUACUCUCGACAUGCCUGCAAUGCAUAGGACACGAUUGGCAUGACUACCUUGAAGUCGUAACUCUCGAAGAAGUGUCCAAAUCUGAAAUGCGUUGAAUAGGCACACCACUACACCCCAUUUUUUUCCUCCUGAACUGUACUUUGAGACCCCUGCAUUGUACUAACUUCAGUUGUUAUACUACAAUAGACCCCAGUGAAGACAUACCAGCAGCAAAAACCCUCUUUCUGUAGCUGCUACUGGAAAUACCGAUACUAUGUGACCUCAAGCAAUUCGCGUGUCUCUCUAUAAACAACGUUUACAGGUCUCGUAUUGAGUGGCACAGCAGCUACACAUUGUGCUAGACGAUGACAAAACCGGAAGUUCUUGGUGCAAUGGGUCUCACUAUAGCGGUUAGUAUACCUCUAGUACCUUUGCGGUGAUUUUUCAGGCACGCUAUUUACAGUCCUGUGGUAAUUAACGCUAGGUCAAGGUAACCGGAGGUCUCAACUAAAAACUAUCAACUAUCAACUAAAAACAAUUACGAUGAUUGCGAGGGGCCUAAGUAUAUUGGGGGAGUUAUGAGUUAGAAUUGAGAAUCCACAUACGCCCAUCAGUGUGAUCUAUAGAUUGAACGAACUGCGCCUUCCACUCUGCAUCUGAAUAGCCACAUCGUCAGGAGAGCCCCGAUUGCUUCAGACCAUUGUCCUUUGUUGGGCGAAAAAAUAUCAUUAGGUCCUUCACAUUGGCACCUACUACUGACUGAGUGGUGUAGACAGCUUGCCAAAUUAAGAACACGGAACAUUCGAGAUCAGUCACCAGACAACGGAGAAGCAGUCAACUCUCAUUUCCAAUCUCCAUAGUACAUUUUAGUUUUACCAACAUGAAUAAUUAUGACGCCAGCUCUCUUCAGCGGCGUUUGGCGCGUUAAGGGCGUGUACAGAUGAUCUAGAGGUUCCCGAGGUCGGCUUGCUUAUCGAUAACUCCAGACUUCCUAUUAAGUUGAUUCCACCCCCGCCUACCCCGAGAUCAUCACGAUCACCAUCAUACAAGCCAAUAUAUAUCACAAUGCAGAGAAGCCCCUCUUCCGCGUUACGCGCUGCCGCCCGUUCCACUACUUCCACCGCACAGGCACAUUCACGCAAAAGGUCCUUCUCCUCAACACAAGCGGUCGCGUCCACGGAUCUUGAGGCGGCCGCUUUCGGUGAACGGCACAUCGCGAAAGGAAUUGGCCGUCUCACCCAACACGUCUUCGAAGAUGGCAAAGGCACAUUCAUUACCACCGAUAAAGGCGUCAAGCUCCUUGACAUGACAGCCGGCAUUGGUGUUGUGAAUCUUGGCCAUUGCCAUCCCAAAGUCAGCGCUGCCGCCGCCGCGCAAUGCGGCAAGAUUACACACGCUCAGGUCAACAUCGGCUACAACUCAGCGCAGAUUGCAUUACUGAGAGAACUGAUCCCAAUUCUUCCCCACAAAUCCCUCGACACAGUUUUCCUGUGGAAUUCGGGGGCCGAAGCAGUCGAAGCAGCCGUGAAGCUCGCCCGCGAGGCCACAAAGAAGCCCAACAUCAUCGUGAUGCAGGGCUCCUACCACGGUCGUACCAACGCCACAGCAUCCAUGACACGCUCCAAGACCAUCUAUGGCGAAGGACACGGGCCAUUGAUGGGAGGUGUGUUUGCGACUGCAUUCCCCUAUUACAGCCAGUUUGGCGGCGCAACUCCAGACACACCCACCGAGGAGCUUGUCAAUAACGCCCUCCUUCAGGCUAGACUCACUCUGCAACAGCAGACCUCCCCCUCAGAUACUGCCGCUAUCAUUCUCGAGCCCGUCCUUGGCGAAGGUGGUUAUGUCCCGGCCCCUCCAGCAUUCUUGCAUGGCCUGCGGGAAAUCUGUGAUGAGAACAACAUUCUCCUUAUCGCGGAUGAAGUUCAGUCUGGCAUGGGCCGCACGGGACGCAUGUUCUUCGUGGAGGAGUCCGGCGUGCGCCCAGACAUCUUGGUCUUUGCAAAAGGCAUCGCCAAUGGCUUUCCUCUUUCCGGUAUUGCCAGCCGUAAAGAACUCAUGGAUCUUCAGAAACCUGGAUCCAUGGGCGGCACAUAUGCUGGAAAUGCUGUGGCUUGCGCUGCCGCAAAGGCCGUCAUCGAGGUCUUUCGCGAGGAAAAAAUCCUGGAUAAUGUGGCUGCACGAUCAAAACAGAUCUUCGAUUUCUUGCAUUCGCUGAAAGCGUCCGGUACGAAGGCUGGCGAUUUGAUUCAGGAUAUCCGUGGCAAAGGGUUGAUGGUUGGAGUACAGCUUGACAACCCACAUCUUCAAAACGGUUCUUCCAACACAGCUUCACGCCAUGCGGCCAAACAGCCCCAAAUUGCACCUAAGAUAGUCAGUGAGUGCGUGAAGAGAAAUAUGCUACUUCUUAGCACAUCUGUCUUUGACGUGCUGAGAUUUAUCCCUCCACUUACCAUUAGCGAGGAGGAGAUGACACAGGCUUGUAACAUCUUUAAGGAGGCCAUCGAAGCGGUGGCCGAGGACUUGUAA